AUGAAUUUAGAUAAACAUUCAGAUCCUACUCCUAAUACGGAACCUUCAGCUUCAACUAAUAUCAAAAAACUUUCUAUAACGCGCAGAGUAUCAGGUAAAACAUGGAAACAUCCAAAAACGGCUACUCGUCGUUCACAAUUACCACGCAGCUUGCGUAAAAAUUGGAAUGAAAAACUAAAAGAACGAAACGAAAGAGAAGCUUUAAAGAUGUUAGAAAAAGAAAUGAAGGAAGAAAGAGAAGCAGAAAAAAAGAGAAAGCUUGAAAUUGCUUUGAAAAGAAAACAAAGAUUGGAAGAGAAAGAAAGACAAGAAAAAUUAAUUACUAUUUAUUCAGCAAAAAAAUUAAAGAGACUUCAAAAAAGGAAAGAAAGAAACAAGAAGUGA